AUGCGUUAUGUCUCCCGUAACCGACCUUUCGUCGUCCGGAAAGGCGCCGAAGACUGGAAAGCUCGUAGGAUGUGGAAUGCGAAAUAUCUCACCGAAGUGAUGCAACAUCAGACUGUUAAUGUUGCAGUUACUCCUCAUGGCAACGCUGACUCUAUCGUUGAACUCGAGGACGACGACCUCCUCUUUGUAAAACCCUACUCCACAUCCGCCCCCUUCAGCGCUGUCAUUCGCUCCAUCCAAUCCCAAGAACAUCACCCCUCCGGUCACACCUCCGCAACGCGGUACGCCCAAACCCAGAAUGACAACCUGCGAAACGAAUACAUUUCCCUUUUCUCUGACGUGCCUAAAGACAUCCCCUUUGCUAAAAUCGCGUUAGAAAAGGGUCCUGAUGCGAUUAAUUUCUGGCUCGGAAAUAGUCAUUCUACGACCGCGCUGCACAAGGAUAAUUACGAGAAUGUGUAUGUGCAAGUGCUAGGGAAGAAGCAUUUUACGCUGUUGCCGCCUGUGGAAAGCGCGUGUGUGAAUGAGAAGGCAGUGUUGGCGGCGACGUACGCGCCGAGGGAUUCUCUGCCUUCGAGUCGGUCUUCUUCGCCGCUGGACUUGCACUCAACUCCUGGGACUUCCCCAGGCGUGAUGUCCGAGGCUGACCAAGAGGCCGCAUUGAAAGAUUUGGUGAUUUGUGUAGAUGAGCCCGAGGAAAGCGUGCCGUUUGCAACGUGGGAUCCUGAUGAACCGGGGAAGCGGCCGACGCCGUUUAGUAAACAUAGCCAGCCGCUGAGGGUGACGUUGGAUGAAGGUGAUAUGUUGUAUUUACCAGCAUUGUGGUACCACAAAGUAACCCAAACCUGCUCCACCGAAGCCAUAUGCUGUGCAGUGAACUAUUGGUACGACCUCGAUUUCAGUGGCUCAUUUUGGCCUCUGUCAACGUUUACCCGCGGCAUUGGACUCUUGAGUACAAGACAGAACCUGGGGCAGGAGGAUGGUGUGAUUGAACAUGAAGGUCGGAGAAAAGGGGAUCAAGUUGGAGUGGGAGGUGGAAUUGGUGGUAGGGAUGUGGUGGAGAUAGUAGAUCCGCCUUAUGAAGAUCAGUGGUAUGAUUACGGGAUGGAGAUUAUGCAUUAUUGA